GCGAAACACAAAGAAACAUUUUUUCCCACUGCAGCACGACCAACAUUUUAUAAUUAUAUUUGAAUACGCUUUCGUUGUCCCCCGCCAAGCUGCAAAGUAGAGAAAGAGUUUCUUCAUCUAAGCACGAAUAGGAAUAUAUGAAUUAAAAUUGCGAUCGCUUGUUGAACACUAUUAAUUUCGUUGUCGUCGUAUCCCGACGGGAGUCCUUACUUACAUUAUUUGCAGAUACCGUACUUCUAUCAAUCGAAAGGACGUUUUUUCAAUCCUCUAGUCCUCCAACACUUUUUGCUUUUUACUUGUUUUCAACGAUAUUUACAAACAUUUUUUUUUGAUUUUCAAAGAACGAAUCCAGAUUGCCUUGCAAGUUCAAUCGCGAGGUGUGCAAAGCAAUUUCUGCCUGCAGUACUCGCUAAAGAACGGGGUGAGUUGUGGAAGCAAGUGGAGCUACAAGGUUCUACAAGCGGAACCAGAGUCGAGGAAAGGUAAGGACGGAUUCUACCUAUUUCAGGUUCAGGAUAAUUUUCUUUGUAUAGUUUAUGAGGAAGAUCAUUCUUCUAGACAACGUCCCUUGCGCAAGGGUUACAGUUGGAACUGAGGCCACCGGUUGGAACUAGUGUGAUGAAUAGCUAUUAGGAACAUCUCUAAACAAUCGCUUUAUACACUCUACAAACCCUUAUUCAUGCGGCAGCAGUGGUGGGGAGGGUUUGGGACGAACCUCGUGGUCACGUCACGCAUGGCAAACUGCGAAUGCUCUUGAUCUACAUCAAAAUCUAUAUGAUCAGGUAGUACUGACGGAGAUUUUAUCCCCCAUUGCAGUAACCCUCGCUGAAGAAGAAGACCUGGCGAAGUUACAGAUUCCCCACUGUAGCAACCAGAGUCGAGCAAAGGUAAGGGCGGAAUUUAACUAUUUCAGGUUCAGGAUAAUUCUAUUUGUACACUUUAUGAUGGCGGAUUAUUCAUCUAGACAACUUCCCUUGAUGCGCAGGGGUUACACUUGGAACUGAGUCCAGCGGUUGCAAAUGGUGUGAUGAAGAGCUACUAGGAACAUCUUCAAACAAUCGCUUUAGAUACUUACUCUGCAAACCCUUAUUAAUAUCAAUGAGGCAGCAGCGGUGGGGAAGGUUCGGGACGAAGCUCGUGGUCACGUUACGCAUGACAAACUGCAAAUGCUCUUGAUUUAUUACAUCAAAAUCUGUAUGAUCAGGUACUGACGGAGAAAGAUUUUCCCCACUGUAGCAACCCUCGCGGAAGAAGAAAACCGGGCAGAGUCGAAUCCUUCGAAAAAUCAAGAUGACGAAGCGUCUUCGAUGUUCGGUUCGUAUGCAUUGCAAAAGUAUGAUCGUACUAGUAGAAAUAGGAAUGCAAUUUUUUCCUUAAGAAAAAAUGGAAUUUGUAAUGCUGAAUGAGCUAUAAAAACCAGAUUUGUCAUGCAUGGCUGCAAUUGCUACGAGUGCGAUAGAUAUUUUUGCACAUGAUAGCUCGAGCGGGCCCGAGGCGGAAUCGUCGUCGGAAAAACCGCAAGCGUAGCGGCAAUAUCCACUGCAAAUAUAAUGUCUGGGUCUGGGAACUUGUGAUGCUGCUCCAUGCGUCAGAAAGUGACUCCAAUACGCAGCCACGCAUGAGAAAUUUCUGAGCGGUUAUAUUGUGCGUAACUAUCGAUCCCGCAUGAGAAGUCGUGUGUUUGCAUGUCAGAGGACUGGCGCUAUUCCACAACAUGCAUCACAGAGUUCAGGGGUAUGCGAGUUCAGCAAUACAGGUCUCACAGUGCUGUUCCAGACCCAGACAUAUUUGCAAUGCAUAAGUAAAGCUUCCGGUAAGAAGAACUGCCAGUACGGCGGGAAAAAAACGGGCGGCGGACGGAAGAACGGGCGGGGCAAAAAUGGAAACAAGGCCGUUCCUACGAGCGCGGACGCACAAACUGCAACCGAGCACCCGCUCGCCGACGAAGCGGAGAAGAAGCCCGGCGGCGGUCAUCAAGUCGGCACCUCCUCCUUUUCUUGCGCGCGGCGAUCAUCUACUUCUGUGGUUAUUGUAGCAGCCGACGAGCAGCAGAGUGCAAUCCAGCACGAAGAUGUUGAAGUUCUUUCGGCGCAGAACAAACAGCAAGAACACCGAGUCGCCCGCCCGACCUAUCACAAACCAUCCGCAAACUCGUGUCCGUUGCCGAAAAGCCGUGGCGUAAGGGUGGCACUGAAGUACGGAUCCGGCUGCGCUCUCUUCCAGACGAGUGGCACGG